AGAGGGCGGCCUACCAGGACCAGUGCCUUUCCUAUUUUGGUUCCUUUCGAACUUUUCCUCCCCUUCCCAACCCACAAGUCUUCCCCCGCGUCCUUUUCGCGAUCCCGUUCUUCUGCUUUCCUUUUCCGCUCUCCUCUCUCCAUUACCCACCCCGCCAUCCGUUCACCCCCUCUCUCUCUCCACUCCUCUCCUCUCUCUCUCUCUCUCUCUCUCUCUCUCUACCCACUUUUGCAUUCUACUCAAGUUUCUCCCCUUCUGCUGUUCGAUCUGUUGGAGUGAUCUCGAAUUUCUCCCUCAAAGCCGUGAAAUUGGUGAUUUGGAAAAGGAAUUGGGGUACGUUGUAUCCGUGUUUGUUUUGCAUUUCUACAGAUCUCGUGCGAAAAUUGGUGAAACUGUUUAUGAGGAUUGGUGUUGAUUUUGUUAUAUAGUUUGUGAUGCUGCGGGCUUCGACGCUUCCAUUUGGUGUAGAUUAUUAUAGAUUCUGAUGUGAAUUAGGGUUCUCUCGAUAGCCGUUGUUGUGCUCUUAGGGGAGAUAGAUUUGGUAAAUUGAAUUCCAGUAGUCUUCUGUGUCGAAUUCCAGUAGUCUUAAUCGUGGAAUUGUUAUACUCUGUGUUUGUUUUGGGUGUUAUAUCCGUUUGGGGGAAAUUUUGUAGAAUAUCAUAAUUUCUUAAGUUCUCUCAACUGCCCUUGUUAUUCUCAGAGGGAAGAUAGAUUUGGCAAUCGAAUUCCAUUAGUUUUGUGGUUGGAAUUGGAAUUGGUAUACUUUGUGCUGCUUUUGGAUGUUAUCUCCAUUUGGUGUAGAAUAUCCUAAUUUCUGCUGUCAAUUUAAGUUAUCUCAAUUGCCCCUGUUGUUCUCAGAGGGGAGAUAGAUUUGGUAAAUUAAAUCGUCUUCUGCGUCGAACUCCGGUAGUCUUCUUUGUGUAAUUUGAUUAGAUUGCUGUGAAAUUUUUAUGGUUACGGAUUCUGAUAAGUGGGCUGCAAAGGGAAAUCAAAAGGGAUUUUUAUUGAGGGUGGUUGUGACGGAGCCUUCUACAGAACAUAGUGAAGGGUCUGACUGUUUGGGUGGUCUGGAGUGCUUACUGAAUAUCAUCCGGGCCCUCCGGAUGGGGUCCUGCUUGUCUUCUGAAAGCAGGAGCCCUCUCCCCGGUUCCCCACUGGGGAUUAGGAAGAGGCCUAAGGGCUCCAAAAAGAGGCCUGGUGGCUCGAGAAAUUCUUCCUUUGAAUACAGGAAGGAAGAACAGUUGCAUAGGAUUCCUGGUCGAAUCUUCUUAAAUGGGUCCACUGAAGUUGCUUCACUCUUUACCCAGCAAGGCAAGAAAGGGACCAACCAAGAUGCUAUGAUUGUUUGGGAGAACUUCGGCUCAAGAACAGACACAGUCUUUUGUGGCGUGUUUGAUGGCCAUGGUCCCUAUGGCCACAUGGUUGCAAAAAGGGUGAGGGAUUCCCUGCCCUUAAAACUGAGUGCACAUUGGGAAGUUAACAUAAAGAGCGAUGAGGUUCUCAGGGAGAUCAGUCUUAAUACUGCUGGUAUAAAUGCUGAAGGUACUUCCCUUCUCUCUACUGAUGAGGAUUCAAGGCCCUCCGUUGAUAUUGAAGACACUGAAAAGCACUUAGAAAUCUUUCACACAUUGAAAGAGUCCUUUCUCAAGGCAUUUAAGGUCAUGGACAGGGAACUAAAGAUGUACACAAGCAUUGACUGCUUUUGCAGUGGGACAACAGCUGUUACACUUGUGAAACAGGGUGAGUAUCUUGUGAUUGGAAAUGUUGGGGACUCAAGGGCUGUACUAGGUACAAGAGAUAAAGAUGAUUCGCUUGUUGCUGUUCAGUUGACUGUAGACCUCAAACCUAAUCUUCCAGCUGAAGCUGAGAGGAUCCGAAAAUGCAGAGGGCGUGUUUUUUCCCUUCGAGAUGAACCUGAAGUUGCCCGAGUUUGGCUGCCGAACAACGAUUCCCCUGGACUCGCCAUGGCCCGUGCUUUUGGAGAUUUCUGCCUCAAGGAUUUUGGUUUGAUCUCUGUCCCUGAAAUUACCUGUCGAUGUCUAACUGGGAAGGACGAAUUUAUUGUUUUGGCAACAGAUGGGAUUUGGGAUGUGCUUUCAAACAAGGAAGUGGUGGACAUUGUAGCUUCUGCCCCAGCUCGUUCGUCUGCUGCUAGAGCUCUUGUUGAGUCUGCAGUUAGAGCUUGGAGGUGUAAAUACCCUACUUCCAAAGUAGAUGAUUGUGCUGUGGUUUGCCUCUUCCUAGAUUCAGCCGCGAACAAUUUCUCUACUGCUUCCAUUACCAAAUCCAAGGAGAAUGUUGACGGUGUGAAAGAGGAUCUUCCUGAACUGCCUGCCCCUAACAGGUUUGAUCGUUCUGGUACCGUUCGAAGUGGCGAAGAAACCCUUCCACGACAAAAGAAAGAGGAAUCCUCCGGAGAUGAAGGGGAAAUGCAAAUGGGAUUAGUAGGAAAAGAUUGGUCCGCUCUUGAAGGGGUUUCUCGCGUUAACACUUUGUUGACUCUGCCAAGGUUUGUCCCGGGCAAAGAGGAGAAAGCUCGGAAAUGAUGGAGAGGGAUGCAAGUGUCAACCUGAACUCGAAUUUCUUCGUUACCUCUUUGUUUGUGAUUUAUAUAUUAUCUAUCUAUACAGAAGUAAAAAGUAAAAAACAUUGUAGGGCAAUUGAUGUCUGGAGAGAGGAGGUGCCAGCUAUAUUAGUGUCUGGGAAGUUAUCCCUCCUCUCCCUUGUGGGUUUGGAAUUUUGUAAAAUCCAACUCUCCGUUUUCCUUUUUGGUCGUUUAUUUUCCUUCGAUAUGUUGGUCAUUUUUUACUUGCUGAAAAUAAUUUUGUCGCCGUUAGUCUCAACUUGCAAGACAUUUGUGAUGCCAUUUAUAUAUGAAAUCCAAUUGGAAUAAUUUUGUUGA